GUUUACACGUUGUAUGUUAUUUUAACCAUGUCACUGAAACAGUGUCUUGUUCUUCCAUGUAUUCUCUGUUCACCAAAAUCCUAACCGCAAUUUAUUUCCUUCGUCGAACUCAUUCACCUUCUACGCUAACCGCUAUUAGAACCAUGAGUUCAGCGUCCACACAGCGCAUUUUCCAGCUCAAGCUAAACCCUUUAACCGGUAACUCUGAAUGGGUCGUCAUCGAAGAAAACGACGAACAAGCCUUCCACCAACCUCUUCUCGCAACGACGUCGUAUUUGGACAUGCUCAAUGACUCCACCAGAAACACAGCAUUUCGUGAAGCUAUUGAUAAAACCGUCACAAAACCUUGCCACGUUCUCGAUAUCGGUGCUGGAACUGGGUUACUUUCGAUGAUGGCUUCACGAGCUAUGGGUGGGAAAGGAACUGUAACGGCAUGUGAGUCUUAUCUUCCAAUGGUGAAGUUGAUGAAGAAGGUUAUGCGCCUUAAUGGUAUGGAAGGAAGAAUCAAAGUUAUCAAUAAGCGCUCUGAUGAACUCAAAAUUGGUCUUGAUUUAUCUUUACGUGCUGAUGUUCUUGUGAGCGAGAUAUUAGAUUCAGAGUUACUGGGUGAGGGGCUUAUACCAACCCUACAACAUGCACAUGACAAUUUGUUGGUGGAAAACCCUCUGACUGUACCAUAUCGAGCAACUACAUAUGGACAGCUAGUUGAAAGCACAUUCUUAUGGCAAUUGCACGAUUUGCAAAACAAUGAGGCUGGUGCAUCUGAUGGCAUUCGACUUGCCCCUCCUGGAUCUGAAAGUCUUUUAAGUGUUAAGCGUCAGCAAUAUGCCAUGCAUUGUGAUCCGAUGAGAGAAGAACUGAAAACGCUUUCAGAACCCUUCAAAAUUUUUGAAUUUGAUUUUUGGAAACGGCCAGAGAGUUAUAGCAAAACUGAGCUGCGCAUAAAGGCAACUGAUGAUGGCAGAGUUCAUGCUGUUGUCUCUUGGUGGGUACUUCAACUAGAUCGUGAAGGGACAAUUUAUUAUUCCACUGCCCCAAGGUGGAUAAGCUCACCGACAAUUACAAGUCCUGUUGACUGGUGUGACCACUGGAAACAGUGUGUUUGGUUUGUUCCAGGUGGUGGUAUAUCCACAUUCAGAGGGGAAGAAAUUUGUUUACAUGCUACUCAUACUGAUACUAGUAUCUCAUAUAAUUUAGAUACCCAAAUGUCAACAACUGAUGUUUUGCACCAUGGGUUAACAACGAAUGGAGAUUUUCAGCUUGUACUUCCACCAGAAAGGGUUGCAAUUUAUGGAGACAAAAAUUGGAGGCUUUCGAUGUUGAAAGCAUUAAAAAGUGUGUUGCAGGGAAGACGUCACUUAUUAUGCGUGGUUGCAGAUGAUAGCGUGUUUUUACCUCUUCUUGUGGCAAAGCUUUCAGAAGCGCCACAUGUGAUAUCAUCUUUUCCGGGGCUGAAGGAAAGGGGCUUCCAGUAUUUGCAAGCUGCUGCCCGUGCAAAUAAUUUGUCACCUGAUUGCAUAAAAGCUGUUGAAAAGGGGGUGAAACAGUUAACCAUGCACGAUACAAAUGAGAAACAGGUUGACCUGUUAAUAGCAGAACCUUUCUAUUUUGGACAUGAUGGCAUGCUUCCAUGGCAGAACCUGCGGUUUUGGAAGGACCGUACAACACUUGAUGAUAUCCUCUCUGAGGACGCUAUAAUAAUUCCCUGUAAAGGAAUUUUGAGGGCGUGUGCUAUCUAUCUUCCUGAUCUUUGGAAAAGUCGUUGCUGCUUGAGUAAGAUAGAGGGUUUUGGCCAUUCUGGGGUUAAUGCUACAUUGGGAGCUUGCGGGCAUGUAGCUGAAUUGGAAGAGGGUCCUUGUCUGCCUUUUUUUCUUUGGCAGUGUGGAGAAUUUGAUGUGCUUAGUGAGACAUUUGAUGUAAUGGAGUUUGAUUUCACAAAACAGAUAUGCCAAUGUCAAGGAAAAUCCCAGGUUACUUUCACUAAGACUGGAGUAUGUCAUGGGUUUGUGCUUUGGAUUGACUGGGUGAUGGAUUCGCAGAAUUCUGUUGUCAUAUCAACUGGUCCAGAUAAAAGAUAUUGGAAGCAGGGAAUAAAACUGCUUGCAACACCCAGGACGGUAGAACCGCAAGGAUCAACAAAUGUUGAAGCAUGUUGUUCUGCAGAUCUUGAAGCAUUUUUUGAUCCAUCAAAUGGGGAACUCAAAAUUAUACAUGAUUUCUUUUGAUACUUUUCUACAUAAAGUGUUAUGUGAUGUCGUGGCUUCACAAACAUUUUCUCUCGUGUGUGUGUGUGUUUUUUUUUUUACAAUUUUCUCUAUCAGUUGUGCACGAAAAUAGAUAGGAAGAUAUAUAUUUUUUGUUGAACGCUAUCAUUAUUUUUUAAUUGAGUUUUGAUAUUUUUUCAAACCUUA